AGGAUGUCCGCUUCGAACUCAACUUGGUAUCUGCUUCUGCUUUUGAGUCUACCUUCAGCUUGUUCUUCAAAAGGCAAACCCAUUGAUCUAUUUAAUCAAGAAGGAGGAGACAUUCUUCAGCUAAGAACAAAAACGAGCAAUACCUUUGCUCUUGGUGGUCGUAUGCACAAUGCCUUGCUUCCAAGCUCACCAAAAAAGUGGAACUAUCUUGAAGAUGGCAGAGGAAAUUACAUUAUUCCAUAUAAAAUUGUGGGAAAGUACGAUGAACGGGAGAAAAGAGUGAUUGAAAGUGCGAUGGAAAGUAUUCAAGAUAACACUUGCAUUCGUUUCAAGCAGAGAAACGAUGAGCGAGAUUAUGUGGAGAUACACAAUGAGAACGAAGGAUGCUACACUUGGGUCGGACGUAGUGGCGGUAGAACAAUUCUGAUGCUACAGUCCAACUACGCAGGGACAUGCAUCGUAAAAGGUACUGUCAUUCACGAACUAUUCCAUCUAAUUGGUCUGUGGCAUGAACAAUCGCGGUAUGACCGCGAUGACUACAUCAAGAUUCAUUUUGAAAAUAUCGCAAAAGGAGAAUCAUUGCAAUUUCGGAAACUCAGCCGUACACAAGCAACUACCUACGAUGUACCCUACGACUAUGGAUCCGUUAUGCAUUACGGAAAAAAAUCAUUUAGUGCGAACGGUAAAAUCACUAUAGAAACGCUGGAUCCUAGAUUCCAGGAUGUAAUUGGGCAACGUACAGGAGCAUCCGCAAGCGACUUCCGCAAAGUUUGUGAAAUUUACCGCUGUGGGAAAUGUAUGGGCAGAAACUUCAAACAAGAAACAAGUACUAAAAAACCUGUGGUUCAAACGCCAACGUCCCUACCUGGUGGAGCAUGCAUUGACCGUUGGGGUAACAUAUGCAAGAUCUUGGCUUCAGUUCAUCAUCUCCGUUGUGAAAUUAAACAAUGGCAGUGUUGUGCCACAUGUGCAGCGUUGAAUGAAGGGAAAGAUCUCUCGAAAAUUUGAAACCAGUUAAAGUACCGUUUUUAUUGUUCGAAAGUUCUCCUUGGAAGUGCACCUAUAAAGCAUUAAGACCUCUA